ACAGGCAAUCCGCUUCCCCACCUAUCUCUCUUCAUUUCACUUCCCCUCUUCCCUCCAUCUCUCCCCCCAAAACAGAGGCUCGAAUCUUCAUGUCUGGAUAAUCUAAUUUCUUUUCUGGAAUUUUUAAAGAGGAAUUGUGUCUGCAGAUUCCGUAACUACCAUUUUUGUACUUGCAUACACCGAUUUUCCAUUCUGGAGAUGAAGUAGUACAGAAAUACACUUCUGUUACUGGCAGAUCGGAAGGGAUUGCUAGAUUUACUAAGAAGUCAUGCUAAAAAUCUGUGUUGCCUCUCAUACCAUUCCAAAAUGGUAGUUUUCGUGGGUGUCUGAUGUCAAAGGACAAGAUGGUAGAUUGUGCGGACAGUGAGGGUUCUAAAGACCAAGAGGGCAAGAUAGCAGCCAUGCCAAAGGUUGAGGUUUUGGAUUGGGAGCUGUCCUCGGAGCCAGUUUGCACGAAGCCCAUUGAGGGAAGUCUCGCAAGCUCAUCUUGGAGUCAUUUGAAAUCAAAUUUUGUAGGGAUGGGGUUUUCACCAGCUCUUGUUGAGAAAGUGCUUGAGGAAAAUGGUGAAGAGGAUUUUGACAUGUUACUGGAGACUCUGUUUACAUAUUCUGCUCUUCAAAAAUCAAGUUCUGAAUCCUCAGACUUUCCAGAUGGCAUAGUUAGCGCCUGCAAGGUUGAGCCUGAAAAUAGUUCGCCUAUUGAAUUUUCUGCAUGUGAUAGUCAGGAAAUUGAGGGGCUUGAUGAAUCUGUUGAGAUUAAUGCAGACAAAAAGGGUUCUUUAUUAAGGAUGAAUUUCUCUGUGGAAGAAGUUGAAUUGGCAAUUAGCAGGCAUGGUGAAGAUGCAUCUAUUACGGAAUUAGUAGACUUCAUAGUUGCUGCUCAAAUAGCUGGGAGCCCUGGAGAAAAGGAUACAAAUGAUACACUUCAUAGCGAUAAUGUGAAGGUAAUUACUACUGAGACAUUGUUUGGGACAAUGGACAAGACACUUCGCUUGCUUGACAUGGGGUUUUCAGGAGAUGAAAUUUCUUCAGCUAUUGAUAAAUUUGGUGGAGAUGUUCCACUUUUGGAGCUGGCUGACUCAAUCUUUGCCAACCAAAUUGCCAAUACAUGUGUACAAGAAGACAAUGACUCAUUCGAAUAUAAGAUGAAGCACCGUUCAUGGAAUGAAAACAAAAAACGGCAUUUUCCUGUAAAAACAGAGGAGAGCGAGUCAUCAAGCUCAAAUGCCAUUCCUCGUGCGAGGGACAGAGACUUCAACAAUAUGGAAAAGGGAAAAAGGGUAAAACCCGACCCUGAAGACGAAAAAUUCAAUUUCUUUGGAACUUCCAGGUCGGAAGCAAGAGGGGUUAAAACAGAAACAUAUGGAGAGCUCCGCGAAGCGGAAGAAAUUGGACCUGUUAAAUUCGAAAUGAGAGAACGGCCCAUACUCAAUAAAAAUCCUCAUCAGCUGGUGGGUAAACCCCCAUAUUUCUUCUACGGGAAUGUUGCGAACAUCUCCCAAGAGUCAUGGAGGAAGAUAUCUCAAUUUUUACAUGGUGCUGAGCCAGAAUAUGUAAAUUCUCAGUUCUUUUCGGCUUUCAUUAGGAAAGAAGGCUAUGUGCACAAUCUUCCCACUAGCAAUAGAUUCCAUAUUCUUCCGCGUCCACCAAUGACAAUUGAAGAUGCGCUCCCACAUACAAAGAAAUGGUGGCCAUCAUGGGAUACUAGAAAACAGUUGAGCUGCAUCAGCUCUGAAACCACAGGUAUCUCUCAGAUAUGCGAGCGGCUGGGAAGGAUGUUGGUGGAUUCGGGAGGGGUGCUUUCAAAGGAACAGCAGAUGAACAUCCUUCAUCAAUGUAAGACAUUGAAUCUGGUAUGGGUGGGCCAGUAUAAAUUGAGCCCCAUCGAGCCUGAUCAGGUGGACCGCAUGUUGGGUUACCCAUCAGGCCAUACUCAGAUUGGGGAAUGCCCACCAGCGGAGAGACUUAGAUCACUCAAAAACAGCUUCCAAACAGACACAUUGGGAUAUCAUCUUUCCCCCCUGAAGGACAUCUUUCCAGAUGGUGUGAGCAUGUUAUCGCUAUUCAGUGGGAUUGGGGGUGCGGCAGUCGCCCUACACAAGCUUGGGCUACGCUUGAAAUGCAUUGUUUCCGUCGAAGCUUCUAGAGUAAAUCGAGAGAUCCAAAAGAAGUGGUGGCAGGACACCAAACAAACUGGGGUCCUGAGGCUGAUCGACGACAUUCAGGGGCUUUCAAGUCAGAAGAUUAAAAGCUUGAUUGGACAGUUUGGCGGAUUCGACAUUGUCUUUGCUGGAAACCCAUGCACCCCUGUUUCUGGAACUCCAAAAAUAACUGUCGAUAGGGAGAACCCGGCAGAAGUUGACUUCUCAUUAUUUUAUGAAUUUGUACGCGUUUGGCAACGUGUAAGGGAUGCAGGAGGGAGGAACUGAUGAUAAUCUUAUGUUGUGCCUCUAAAACAUUUCAAGCAUGAUCAUCAGAUGAUGGAAGAAGAAUGCUAUUUGCAGCUGUACAUUUGACGUACUGAGCACAAUCACCCCAUGUUUACUUGACCCAAAAUAUAGUCAGUCUACUCGUCAGGUUGGUGCUCAAUGUACAUUGAAGGUAGUCCUUUUCCCCUCCCCAUUUCAAAAUUGUGUUGCCCUCCAAUUGAGUGGACCAGCUGGGCCUUUGGGUUAAUGAAGGGCCUGCCUAAUGAAUGGUGCCGAUCUUACGCCGUCAAUGCAUGUAGGGUGCUCACAUUCGGCAGAUGCAUGUCUGCGAAUAGUUUCCUUGGUGUACGAGACCAGGACAAUUGCCAUCACUUGCGCUGCUGCAGUGCUGUUUAAGUUGGAACAUCCAAUCAGUCGCUAGGGAAAUGGCCAACCCAUGUCAAUGGUAGGGAAAUGGAUCUAAUCACCUUUUAGAUUGUGCAUCAAUCUCAAGAAUCACUUUUAUCAUCUCAUCUUACCUGUUGAGAAGAGAAUUUUCAAUUCAUGAAAAACUUCUAAGUCAGAUAAUGUGAGGCAUUGUUGUUAAGGAAUGUAUGUUGAAGAUGAAUCUGGGGACAAGCAAAAAAAAACACACACACGGACAAGCAAUUCAUGAAAACCCAAGAUAAGCUUAUGGAGUGUAAUAAGAUCAAUGUAAUGAAAUAUAUCCAUUAUAUUGCUCUUCAGAACACAUUUUGUU